CCAUGCCCUACCUCGCGUCAUCCGCAUCGGCGGCCUCUUCUCGGCCGCCGAACAGGAGCAGGAGCUGGUCUUUCAUGCGGCCAUCGAGAAGGUGAACGCCAACUUCGCCAAUCGAACCAUCUUCGAGGCGGUGGUGGAGCACGCCCGUCCCUACAACUCCUACGAGGCGCACUUUAAGACCUGUGAUCUCCUCCGCCACAGCCCCGUCGCGAUCAUCGGCCCCUUCAACCCAAUCAGCUCUCUACAGGUGCAAUCGAUUUGCGAGCACCUCGAGGUACCUCACGUCGAAGCUCGCCUGAUGGUCGACUUUCAGCCUCGAACUGACCUCAGCAUUCAACUGUAUCCCCACCUGAGCACCCUCAGCCGCGCCUACCUCGACAUCAUCGACGCCUGGGGCUGGACCGCUUUUGCAGUGAUAAUCCAGGAGUCAGACAGCGUCGUCCACUUCAAGGACUUCUUCCCCUAUGCGGCGGCAAAGGGCUGGGAGAUUCGUCUCUUUCAACUUCAACCCGAUCGCCCCUAUCGGGACGUCCUCUGGCAGGUGAAGCGGCUGAAGAUGCGCAACAUCCUUCUCGACGUUCGAACUGACCAUCUUUUAGAAGUGCUUCGCCAAGCUCAACAAGUGGGCAUCAUGACGGAGCGCCACCACUACCUGAUCACCUCGCUGGACCUGCACACACUUCCGCUGGAGAACUACCGACACUCCCAGACAAAUAUCACCUCGUUGAGAAUCGUCCGAGAGGAGCAUCCGGUUCUGCAGUCUCUCCUGGCCGACUGGCCCGCCUAUGCUGCCCGCUUUAUGCCCCGUUCUCAAGGUCUCCUUCCGCCGCCCGAGCACCUCAGCUCCAAGUCGGCGAUGAUCUUUGACGGCGUUCAAAUUUUGGCCCUAGGCCUCGCCGAGCUGGAUCAGUUCACCACGCCGCCCACUGAAGCGUUGAGCUGCGAGGACAGCAACGCCCGUCCUUGGCAGUACGGCGCCUCGGUGCUCAACUACGUCCGCCAGGUGCGCCACGAGGGCCUCACCGGGUACGUGGCCUUUGAUGAGACUUCCGGCUUCCGCUCGAAGCUCUCCUUUGAGUUGAUCAGCACCAUGGACACCGACUUUGAGGUGAUUGCCACGUGGACAGAUUUAGGGGGCGGGGCUGAAGAGGAAGGUAAUGGUGGUCAAAAUAAAAACGGCUUAGUAAUGGGAUCGCCCAAGGAGCGAGCCGGUCUUCCCAAGCCCGAUUACUGGAUGAGAAACCAAGGAGGAGGAGGAGGAGGAGGAGGAAGCAAAAAGGCUAGUGAAAUUCAAAACGAAAAUGAUUAUGUUAAAAAACCAAAGGAACGACUGAGCAAGACGGCCAACUGGAACCGCCACUCCCCCAAGGACGCCAAUCUCACAGUUCUCCGCGUGUCCACCAAACUGAUCGANUAUGUUAAAAAACCAAAGGAACGACUGAGCAAGACGGCCAACUGGAACCGCCACUCCCCCAAGGACGCCAAUCUCACAGUUCUCCGCGUGUCCACCAAACUGAUCGACCCGUACCUGUACGAGGCGAACGCCACUAUGGAGUUGCGCGGAAACGCCCGCUUCGAUGGCUACAUCGUCGACCUGCUGGACGAGGUCGCCGCCAUGCUCAACAUUCGCUACGAGCUGCUGCUGGUGAAGGACAAUGUGAACGGGGCGCCCAAUGAGGAGACCGGCAAAUGGACGG